AUGGUGGUGCUCCUGCUUCCCGCGACGUGCUUCAGCGCGUCACUCGCCGCGAAGGCGGUGGACGAUCAUCCUGUCACGGUGCAUGAGGACGCGCACGCUCGGUCAGCACGGUUGGCGAGCGCAGCGGUAAAGGCGGCGUUGGAUGUGAAGGAAUCGAACGCGCAUGUGCUGCGUAGACAGAUGGUGCGCGAGAUGAACAAACAGAAGUGGUACCUCCUCGACGGCGAUCAGCUGAUCCCUAGAGACGGCAAGAAGAUCGCACACCCGCCCCCGCCGUGCGAAGCGCCGCUCACGGAGGCCCAUGAGGAAACCCUUGAGUGCGUGUCGUCAUCGCCACGAGCAGCACAGACCCGCGUCCACCCGGGUCUGUAUUCAACACCGGCUGGUGACCAUCACCGUGACCACGCCACUGCCCAUGCGCCACAGAACGCGGCUCUCGUGAAGAAGCGUCAGUGUCGUACCGAACGCCGCGCACCGGUCACCUCCUCGCACCGGAAGCACAAGGCAAUGGCAGACGGAGCCGUUGGCAGUGCGGCUGCAACAUACGCUGACGCGGAGACGCCCCGCAUCCCUCUUGACUCCCUCCGUCUUGUGAUUCGCUUUGAGGAGGAGGCUGCCGCCGAGGACAAUGUCGAAGUCCACGAGCACGGCGUCGGCAAGCAUGCCUCGCGGCAGCGUAGCGCACCACAUCAUAGCCGGCGGUCGCAGGAGCAUUCGGCUCAUGGUCACAGUAGAGGCCGCGUGCACCGGCGCAUGCGCGCUGGCAGCAGCCAUGUGCACCGCGGUCAUGGUGCCUCGGUGCUCCUAAGACAGCCAGAACAGGGUGUGCGCAGCCUAGCCGCGGCACCGCAGCCGGUCAUUGAAGUAGCGGAUGCGGAGCACAACGCCAUCGAGCGUCGCAGCGAUGGCGGCGCCGCGGCGGCGCUCGUGUCCGCUGAUGCCACGAGCGUCACAUCUACGACGCUGUCGGAAGAAGAUCUGUGGCAUCGCUGCCUCGUGGCUAACAGCCGGGACUCGAAGGCGGCUCUCAUGAAAGCGCUGCAGGAGGGCAGGUUGCGCGAAGACUGCCUGAUCGUAGCCGCCGAGGUAGGCAACGACAUCCCGAGUAACGAAAACAGCGCGAAGGGCGCUGUGGCGAUGAUGUCACUGUUUGUGUCGACCCUCUUUGGUGCUUUUCUCUUCGCCUUCUGA